AUGUCUAAAUCUGUCUUCAUUUACGAUACGGAAGAGGAAACUCAACUGGCCAAGCACCUCCAAGAACACCAGCAACUCUCAGCCGACCACCUCAAGCUCAGCGAGCAGGUUUUCCAACGCGACCAACAACUCGUCAGCGAAACCUAUCAACGUUACGUUGCUUUCCUGAAGCUUUGUGGGCCGGAAGACAAAAACCCCCCCGUCAUGUUUUGGCUGGCCUACCUGAGCACCGACGAAUUCAAGGCCCAGACCGCCGAAAUCGACAAGAUGAAGGCGGACGUGGACAAAUUGAUGGGCGAAUGCAUAAGAAUCUACAAUGAAAAGAUCAAGGUCCUCAAGGAGACCCUUGGCGAGAAAGCCAUUCCCGUCUUCUACCAGGAGCACCAGUUCGCCGAGAUUUGGCUCGCGUGA